AACCGUCAGACAUUUUUAAAUACUCAGUGGAAAUCGAAAGUUGGCAGCCAUUUCUCAAAUCGCCGGCGCCAAUUGUUGCGCUGUGAUCACCGUUAAACGUGCGCAUCUUCUGAGUGGUGGUGCAUUCGUCCAGAAUCUGUCAUUUAAUCAGCGUUUCACCAUGAAUGGGACCAGUAGAAAACGUCAAAGUCUUAGGAGAAGUUUGCCUCCUGCUAAAUCAGGCUCAGGCCCGAAAGCUGCUAAGAAGGCAAAAACUUCAUUGGGGCACCCUGAGAGAAGAUUUCCAACUUUGGAUUCAGGAGUGAUCCUGACAUUUGGGCAAGGUGAUGUCGGGCAACUCGGUCUCGGACCUGAUGUGAUGGAACGUGGACGACCUACUUUGGUUCCCAAACUUGACGAUCUCACAGACAUGUGCGCUGGUGGAAUGCACACUAUAUGCCUUAAUAAGAACGGAGAGGUUUCAAGUUUUGGUUGUAAUGAUGAAGGCGCUCUAGGAAGAGACACUAGUGAAGAGGGUUCUGAAACAGAACCUGGGCUGGUCUCACUUCCAGGAGUUGUGGUUCAGAUAACUGCAGGGGAUUCCCACUCCGCCGCUCUUCUCGAGGACGGUAGAGUCUUCGCCUGGGGCUCGUUCCGAGACUCCCACGGCACUAUGGGCCUGACUCUUCAAGGGGGAGAGAAGAAGCCUAUUGAACUUGUAACUGGGACAGUUAUUGUUAAAAUAGCGUCAGGUGCAGAUCAUCUUGUAAUGUUGACUGAAGAUGGUCAGAUGCAAACUGUUGGUUGUGGAGAACAGGGCCAGCUUGGCAGAGUCUCGGAGCGAGGGGCUGACCGGAUGAGCCGGCAGGGCAUGGUGAACUUGUUGGUACCUGGGCCAGUUCCUUUCAAGCCAACCAAGAAACCAGAAUUUGUUGACAUAUGGACUGCUACUUAUGGCACUUUUGCCAAAGAUAAGAAUAACCAUAUUUAUGUGUUUGGGUUAAAUAACUACAAUCAAUUAGGUCUUAAGGAACAGAGGACCCACUUCCAUCCCUCUGUUUCUGGACCCUUGAGUUUACAUGAUUGGAGUCAGAUUUCUGGUGGACAGCAUCACACACUCGCUCUAGAUACCAGUGGCCAAGUUUACUCACUUGGCAGAAAAGAAUAUGGACGAUUAGGCUUGGGAGAAAAUUGUGAAGAUGUUGCUGAGCCUGCUUUGAUCACAGCAUUCAAAGACAAAAAAGUUGUUGACAUUAGCUGUGAGGGUAAUGUGUCCUAUGCAGUCACAGAUGAUGGAGAAGUAUACAGUUGGGGUAUGGGUUCUAAUAUGCAACUCGGUAUGGGUGAUGAAGAUUCAGAUCUGUGGGUCCCCACCAAAAUUAGGGGUAAAGCUUUGGAGAAUAAACUUGUUAAGUCAGUUUCUGCUGGCGGACAGCACACAGUCAUCCUUGCCUCAGACCCAAGUGCAAAACCUGCUACUGCAGCAAAGUCUGCCAUCCCCAAUGGUAGAGCUAAGAAAGCAGCAGAACCCAAGAAAGCGUCAGAACCCAAAAAGGAAUCAGAACCUGAGGCAGCACUAGAAACUGAAACAGCAACAGAUUCCAAGUCACCAACAGAACCCGAAGAACCAAUGGACACAGAUGAAACUGAAAAAGAAGAAAAAAAAUCCGAUGACGAGGAAAAGAAAGACUCUGCAGAUAAAUGAGAUGAACUAAAUACACUGCCGGGUUUUUUAUUUCCUUGUGGUACCUAGUGCCUUAAUUAAAUUCACUAAGUCAUGUGAAGAAAUUAUGGAGAGCAUAGAGCAUUUAUCUUUGGGCUCAAGUGUGCUUUGAAAGGACUUUUAAAUGUUAGAAAUAUUAAUCUAACUUAUUUUAGUUGUAACAUUUUUACUAAAAUUGAUUUGGAAGUUGUUUAUUUAUUGAAGUAUCCUCCCAAUCCAGUUUUGUAGAGACAAUUUUUUAUGUCAAAUUUUAUUUAUACUGAUUUAAUGAUAUCAUAUCAAAUCAUUGGGAAUCUUUUGUACCUUUGAGUGAAAUCAAUUCAGAUGCCUUCUCCUUUGACAAACUUCAGCAGCUCACUUUUUUAUCUUAUGCUUCAUAAUUCUGGUCUGUUAAUUAAAUGUGUAAGUAUAGAUAAUGUAGUUCAUUUGUAGCUUGAUGGGAAGAAUGAACGUUUUUGGUGUGUCACAGAAGACACUAGAGAAAUAUAAUGCUUUUAACUAAGUGAAUCAAUUCCUAUGUAAAUUCUGUACAUACUGUGUGCUAAUGAGUUUGCAACUGAAGUGUGUUGUGGCUGUCUGUUGUAGGCCCCUGUUUUUACAUGGCUAAAAUAAUAGGCAAUAAACAAUAUGAUGGUGCCAACACAAAUUUCGGUAAAUAUUUUCAUUUUCCAAAAGUAAUUUUACUUGUAGGUACAGGGAAUUUCAGUACCUAACAACUUGUUCUGUUGUAGAUUUUCAGGGACAGUGUUGUGUGUUUCUUUAGGGUUUCUUCUUGUUACCAAUUUUACUGGUACAUUGGAUUACAUGUGAUCUCACUUGUCACUUGCCCUAGAUGGUUGGACAGGAUGUGUUGCCUAUGAAAUUUCUACUUAGCAAUUUGCCUUAGGUUUAGUUUUAGGGGAUUACUUCUGAUAUUAAAUAUUGUUGUGUGUAUAA